AUGUCGGACCCUUUACUUACGUCGCUAUGUUCAAUUUGCCACAUAUCACCCCCCAAGUAUAAAUGCCCGCGAUGCGGCACGCGCACAUGCUCCCUGCCGUGCACGAAGAAGCACAAGGCCUGGGCCGAGUGCCCUGGCACCCGCGACCCGACCGUCUACAAGGCGCGCAAGGACCUGCGGACGGCGGCGGGCAUCGACCACGACUACAACUUCCUCCACGCGAUGGAGGUCUCGAUGCAGCGGACGGAGAAGCACCUGGUCGAGGACAGGGGUCUCGUCCAGACGGAGGAGCUGCGCCCGCUGACCAUGCAGGAGGUCAAGUGGAAGGCCGGCCGCGACGGCAGGAAGCGCAAGGUGCUGGUGACGAGGGUGCUGCGGGAGGCGAAGGGCAGGGUGUUUGAGCGGUUCCUGGCGCACGGGCUGAGGAGGCUGAACAUACGCAUCCUCUGCGCGCCGAGGGGGAUGUCGCGGGAGCAGGAGAACAAGACGACGCUGAACAGGAGGUCCGGGCGGAUCAAUUGGCAGGUGGAGUGGCUCGCCUUCGACGACGCCGAGGGGGACUCGAAGACGGGGGAACGGGCGACGACGCGGAUAUUAUCCAAGGCCAUGGAUGAUGUGCCGUUGUACCGAGCUUAUAAGGAUAUGCUGGACGGGCAAAAGAGGCUGGCGAACAAGCUGGCGGGCAUAUCGGUCAGCGGACGCACCGGCAUCCAGCACAUGUCUGCUGCUACCUGGUUCCCGGCCCCGAGCACGCUGCAAGAGCCUGGAACUGGAUCCUGGGUCUCCGCCGAGUCUGUGUUCGCAACGGGGACUUGGCCUUCCGACGAGGAGGCUGAGCUGCAGCGGCUGCAUUGCUUCUACCUGGCGAACCCGCGACAGCGCCCGGAUCAUAUUCAAGUGGUUACGAAGAUUGAGUCGGGCGAUUGCUUGCGAGAAAUUCUACGGAACACAAAUGUCUACGAAUUUCCUACCGUGUAUGUCCUCCCGCAGGGACAGGCACUCCCCGCAGGCUUUGUCUUGGGGCCCAAGGACAUGAAUCAAGAAUCGACAUUGCCUUUGCGCGCAGGGAACAAGCGGAAAGGCGUGCCUGACCGAAACAACAAUGCGUCGCGCGUUACUAAGAAGAGGAAGCAAGACGCAGAGGCAGGCGAGAUUGGCAGCGACGAAGACGAGGUGGACGGCGAUGCAGAGGAUGACGCUGGCCCGAGUAACCAAUCGGUUGGGCUUGAGCUAGGGGAGGUGCUUGAGGAGCAGAGCUUUGGGGAGGAGGAUGACGAUGAUGAUUCGCCUACGAGCAGCUCCGGGUCAGACAGUGAUGACGACUGA